CGGCGAGGGGCGUGUGCGCGGGCCCCAUGUUCACGGAGCUGAGGACCAAGCUGAGCCCCCCGCGAGGCCGUGCCGGGGCUGUGCGCGCCGGCUUCGGGGAGCGCCGGGAUGUGGACGCUACUGCCCACUUCAGCUUCUGCCGGACCCUCCUGGAGCACACGGUGUCCGCGGAGAGCAUCCCCUGCCACCUGCCCCGGACCCCGGGCACCAGCCUCACGUGGCAUGACUCACGCAGCCAGAGGGCCGCUGGCGGCCGGCCGGUCAAGCUCCUGCAGCAGCCCGGCACAGAGGCUGCCCAGGGCCGGCUCUGCGCGGACCACUACGGCCUGUACCACACGAGCCCCUCGCUGGGGGGCCUGACGAGGCCGGUGGUCCUGUGGAGCCAGCAGGACGUCUGCAAGUGGCUGAAGAAGCACUGUCCCCACAACUACCUCGUCUACGUGGAGGCCUUCUCCCAGCACGCCAUCACCGGCCGGGUGCUGCUGCGGCUGAACGCGGAGAAGCUGCAGCGGAUGGGGCUGGCCCAGGAGGCCCAGCGGCAGGAGGUGCUGCAGCAGGUGCUGCGCCUGCAGGUGCGCGAGGAGGGGCGGAGCCUGCAGCUGCUCAGCCAAGCUUCCUUCGGACACAUGUCCUAGCUGCUGCCCGAGGCCUGAACCCCAGACCCCAGCACUGUGACCGGAGCCCGUGGCAAAGACGAGGCACGGCCCCUCUUGGACCUUCAGGAGCGGCCAGCGGCCAGGCCCGGCCCGGUGGACAGGUGGGCCCAGGGGGCCUCCUCCUGCCUCCUGGGGUCACGCACGCCGGGCCGUGCCAGCGACUGGG